AUGGCCGGAAUAAAAAGAAAGAGGGAUUCUAAGACCACUGAAUUGAGGGUGGCUUCACUGUCAGAAGACCCUGAUGUUGUUGUUGGGUCAUUUUUCAAUGGGUUAUCGAUUCCUGAAGAAACUGAUUUCGAUUUGUAUAAACAUAAAAAGAACCAUCAAUUUUUAUUACACGGUGAAAAUGAUAGUUUGGACUAUAAUGGUGAAACUGGUGGGGCAGAUGAACAUAACGAUUAUGUUGUUGCAUUAUAUGAUCCUACUCAUAAGUCAGUUGAGUUAUUCAAAUCACCAUUAAUCAAUGGUAAAGUUACUGCUAAAUCCAAGAGAGUUCAUAAAGGGCCAUCGGUUAAGAGUGUUGGUCUUCGUUCUAUGGAACAACGUAAAGCUUUGGGAGAAUCAUUUGGUACCAAGAAGGCUAAACAAGCUCUUACCAAUUUGGAAAAGAAUAGAAUCGAUUCCGAAAAAUUACAAGAUAUGGAAAUGGAUAUUCUUGAUAAUGUUAAGGAAAGUACUUCUGCAUUACCAACUUCUAAAGAAAUGGAUGAAUCGGUUACUAAUGAUAGACCAACUCCUAUUGCCGAUGAAUCUGCUACUAAUGUAGAAGAUAUCUAUCCAUUGCAUAAUAUAAUACCGAAAAAAGAUUGGAAUUACAUUCGUGUUAAUUCAAUCAUGGAAGAAGAAGAUGAAAAGAAAAGAUUGGAGAUCUUGCCUUUUGCCAAAUCACCUUAUAUUGCCAAACAUUUACCAAAUAUUAUCAAAUCCGGUAAUACUACAAAACUACAAUUAUUAUACUAUGCAUCUUUAUUAUUAGGUGUUUACGCAAAUAGAAGAGUUAAAGAUCGUGCUUCCUUAAUGACUCGUUUAGAAAAUAAGCCAUCAGAGCUUUUAAUCGAUGGUAUUUUACAAAGAUUCACCGUUGCACGUACCACUCAAUUCGGUAAGACCAAGGAUAGAUCCUUCAUCAUUGAUCCACAUCAUGAAGAUAAAUUAUUAUGUUAUUUGUUAGCUACAAUCAUGCAUAUCGAUAACUUUUUGGUUGAAUUACCUCCAUUGGCUCAUGAAUUGAACUUGAAACCAACAAAAUUAGUUGGUUUAUUCAAAGCAUUAGGUGCCAUCACUAAACCAGCCACUGCUUCACAAGCUGAAGCUUUUGGUAUUCCAAAAGCUGCUGCUGCAACCUAUAAAAUCGCUACUUUGAAAGUCCCAUUCAAAUUACCUCAAAUGACUAGAAGAGGUGGCGGACCAAGACGUUAG